UGUAACGUGUAAAUGACAUUAUUUUCUCCAUUUGAAUGGUUUAUGAGUUUUUUUUUUAUUAACCAGUGAAGUAACACCUAAAUCAAGAUUCAACAUUACUUGAAACAGAGCAAAAAAACUACAUUGACGUAAUCGGAUUUUUGAGUUUUUUUCCUUUUAUUUUCAAUAUGGCGGAUAUAUGUUACGAAGUUGUGACCGGUGCAUCUCCGUCGUCGGUUUAUGAAUCGACGUCGCCACAUUCACGGCGUAGGCAGAGGUUUAAGACGGUGAUGCAAGAAGAUUGGAAGAGGAACUGUAAACGUAAUAAACAACAAGAGGCUUUAGCUAAUAAUCAUAAUAUCGACGACGUCUCCCGAGAGACUUCAAUGAUGGAGAUCAGUCCGAGAUAUGGUGUUUCUUCGGUGUGCGGUAGGAGAAGAGAAAUGGAAGACGCAGUGGCGAUUCAUCCUUCGUUUUCUUCAACCAAGAAUUCGGAAUCUACUCAACACUAUUUUGGUGUGUACGAUGGCCAUGGUUGUUCUCACGUUGCAGCAAGGUGUAGGGAGAGGCUUCACAAGCUGGUGCAAGAGGAACUGACCUUAGAUGGAGAAGAUCAGGAAGAAGGAUGGAAAAAGACAAUGGAGCGUAGCUUCAAGCGCAUGGAUAAAGAAGUUGUGUCGUGGAGUGAAUCUGUCGUGAGUGCGAGUUGCAAGUGUGAUCUUCAAUCCCCUACUUGCGAUUCCGUCGGAUCGACCGCAGUUGUUUCAGUCGUCACACCGGAUAAGAUCAUCGUCGCAAAUUGCGGCGAUUCUAGAGCAGUUCUUUGCCGAGAUGGGAAACCAGUUCCUUUAUCAACCGACCACAAGCCUGAUCGUCCAGACGAAUUGGACCGGAUCGAAGGAGCUGGAGGACGAGUCAUAUAUUGGGACUGCCCGAGAGUUCUAGGGGUCUUAGCAAUGUCAAGAGCAAUAGGAGACAACUAUUUAAAACCUUAUGUGAGUUGCGAGCCAGAGGUAACCAUAACGGACAGGACUGACGACGAUUGCCUAAUACUAGCAAGCGACGGUUUAUGGGAUGUGGUGUCAAACGAGACCGCCUGUUCAGUGGCUCGUAUGUGUCUCCGUGGUGGUCAGAAACGGCGAAGUAGUCAUGAAGAUCCGGCGAUCUCUGACAAGGCUUGUACGGAAGCGUCUGUAUUGCUGACGAAGCUGGCGUUGGCAAGGCACAGCAGUGACAACGUGAGUGUCGUUGUGAUUGAUCUCAGAAGAAGAGGACACGUAAGUGGACACUAAUCGAAGGCGAAGACACCGCUUUAACUUUAUGUAUUUUUCAGUUUCAUUUUUGGUUGCUUCUUGAAAUGCGUGGUUGUUUUUUGAGCAGCUAAGAGCUGCUUUCUCAGAUCCCACUAGAUGGUAUACGAAUCAGCCCGACUAAAAAGGUUAACACUUUUCUAGGAAUGAUUAGUUUUCUCAAACCUAAUCAUCUCUUGUGUAAUGAGUAUUAAAGAAAAAAAAUCAAAAUUAUGCCUAAAGGAAGGUCCACUUUA